CCGGGGGGCCAGACGGACGAGCCCCUUUUUGGCCCCCUCCUUCUCCUCCCUCCCAGCUCCCUCGCCGACAGGCCAGCAAAGUGAGCAGUCGGAGGGCGCCUCGGGUCCACCUGCCCGACGUAAUCUAUGAUCAGCUCGGUGUGUGUCUCCUCUUACCGCGGGCGCAAAUCGGGGAACAAGCCCCCCUCCAAAACAUGCCUGAAGGAGGAGAUGAGCCGAGGGGAAGACUCGGACAAGAUCACCAUCAACGUGGGCGGCACCCGGCAUGAGACCUACAAGAGCACCCUGCGCACCCUGCCGGGCACCCGCCUCGCCUGGCUGGCCGACCCGGACGCCCAGAGCGCCUUGGACGCCGCCGACGGCCAGAGCCAAGAGGUCUUCUUCGACCGCCACCCGGGCAUCUUCUCCUACGUGCUCAACUACUACCGCACGGGGAAGCUCCACUGCCCGGCCGACGUGUGCGGGCCCCUCUUCGAGGAGGAGCUGGCCUUCUGGGGCAUCGACGAGACCGACGUGGAGCCCUGCUGCUGGAUGACCUACCGGCAGCACCGCGACGCCGAGGAGGCGCUGGACAUCUUCGAGGCGCCCGACCUCAUCACCGGCGAGCCGCCGCCGGACCCGGACGAGGACGAGCUGGCCGCCAGGCGCCUGGGCAUCGAAGACGUGGGCGCGGUGGGCGCCUCCUCCUCCUCGUCCUGCGCCAACGGGUCGGCCCUCGACGGCAGAGGUGGCCGGUGGAGGAGGCUCCAGCCCCGCAUGUGGGCCCUCUUCGAGGACCCCUACUCCUCCCGCGCCGCCCGGUUCAUCGCUUUUGCCUCUUUAUUCUUCAUCCUACUUUCAAUUACGACCUUUUGCCUCGAAACCCAUGAAGCAUUCAAUACCAUCAAAAACAAAACAGAACCAACGAUCAAUGGUAGUGAGGUAGUUCUGCAGUAUGAAAUAGAGACGGAUCCUGCGCUGACAUAUGUCGAAGGAGUCUGUGUGGUGUGGUUUACCUUUGAAUUUUUAGUCCGUGUUGUUUUUUCACCCAACAAAAUUGAGUUUGUCAAAAACCUCUUGAAUAUCAUUGACUUUGUGGCAAUUUUGCCCUUCUACCUAGAGGUAGGCCUCAGUGGGCUCUCCUCCAAAGCUGCUAAGGAUGUGCUUGGUUUCCUCAGGGUGGUGAGGUUUGUGAGAAUCCUGCGAAUCUUCAAGCUCACCCGACAUUUUGUCGGCCUCAGGGUGCUGGGUCACACGCUCCGAGCAAGCACCAAUGAGUUUUUGCUGCUGAUCAUAUUUUUGGCAUUAGGAGUGUUGAUAUUUGCCACCAUGAUCUAUUACGCUGAGCGAAUUGGCGCCAAACCCAACGACCCAUCAGCUAGUGAGCACACAGAGUUUAAAAACAUCCCCAUUGGUUUCUGGUGGGCUGUGGUCACCAUGACCACUCUGGGAUAUGGAGACAUGUAUCCAAAGACUUGGUCAGGCAUGCUAGUGGGGGCUCUGUGUGCUUUAGCUGGGGUGCUGACCAUAGCCAUGCCUGUGCCUGUUAUUGUCAACAAUUUUGGAAUGUAUUAUUCUCUGGCCAUGGCAAAACAGAAGCUUCCAAGAAAGAGAAAGAAGCACAUCCCGCCUGCUCCUCAGGCAAGCUCCCCUAUAUUUUGCAAGACAGACUUGAAUAUGGCCUGCAAUAGCACACAAGGGGAAGUCUGCCUGGGCAAAGAUAACCGGCUGAUGGAACACAAUAAAUCAGUGUUGUCAGGUCAAGACAGUACAGAAAGUGAGCAGCCACUGUCACCUGUGGAAAGGCUCCCACCAAUCAGACGCUCUAGUACCAGAGACAAAAACAGAAGAGGGGGAACCUGUUUCCUACUGACAGCAGGUGAUUACGCGUGUGCUACUGAUGGAGGGAUCAGGAAAGAUAACUGCAAAGAGGUUGUCAUUACUGGGUACACGCAAGCAGAGGCCAGAUCUCUUUCUUAAUGGCUUGGGGAAGGCACAAAACAUGAAAGAAAGGUAAACGCCAUCCAGGCUUGCAAUUUUAAGGUAGCAAGUACUGCUUGGUCCUAUAGUAAUUUAUCUCCUCCAGGGUUCUUCAACAUUUUCAGAAGUCAACUGAAAAGCAGAAAUGAGAAUUACAUUAGAAGGUUUCCCCCCUUGGUUUGAUGUAGAAGUAGGAGGGCAGUAGAUUUUUCAGAAGGGGUUUUUGACCAGCCUUAAACCUCUGAGUCCAAAGCUUUCACUACUAAUCCCCCUGAUCAAUGUUUCUCUCUAUCUUUUCCUUUAAAUGCUUUGUCCUAUAUGUUGUUUUUGUCUGCCUGCCUGCGUGUCUGGCUACCUGUCUGUAUUUUUCAUCUGUCUCCAUAACAAAGCACAAUUGCCUUCUUAAAAAAUGCUCUCUUCAUACAAGAUUAGCUGCUAAAAUCAUUUCCCUUUGCCCACUUUUUGAUCUAUGUUAUCUAUGCAUAUCUCAAGAAAAAGCUGAUAUCCUUUUAGUGGACACUUCUUUGGUUUUUUUUUUUUUCAAAUGUGGGGUUUAGCAAUGGUUUUGCCAUUUCAGUAGGGAUGCUGUUUCAAUCCCACUCCUUAGCAAUCUGCAUUCAUUCAUUGAUUCCCUACACUGCCUUUUUCUUUACUAUGAAACAGAAAAGCCUUGUUGAUGCAAUACCAUGAAUGCAGUCGCAAAUAGGAUGUUUUGGGCUGGUGAGGAAAAACACCCAACAACAUGAAAGCCUUAGAAAUUUUACAAAAGAAAGAAAAAUAUAGAGAUACUUGAGAUUGUUGAAAAAUCCCUGAUUUUUAUAUGUUUAUUUUUGUUAGAAAAAAGAAAGUCUAUUUAACCAUGUAAUAUACUGCUCUGUAUAUAGGCUAGCAUGAGCUGCAUGUGAAAAUAUCUUGUACUUACAUUUCUGAUAUUUAGAGAUGUUCAUUGAUUUAGUUUUGGCAAAGAGCACUGACAGCUAGAGAUUAGUGCAAUGUGUAUAUACUUAAGAUGCAAAUUGCUUCUCAAGAAGGAAUUAAUAUCUGGUGCUGCUGUUAUUGGCUACAGUGUUAUACAGAAUUUAUCAUGGAUUUUUGACUGCUGAAAAAGGGACAAUGGAAUUUAGCCAUACCAAGGACUGUACUGGAAAGAGA